AUGCUGGGCCUGCCAUGGACGGGAGCUCUGCCCUGGGUGCUGCUGCUGCUUCUCUUAGGCUUCCAGCUCCUGCUGAUCCAUGCCUGGCAUUUCCACGAGCAAAGGGACUGUGACGAAUACAAUGUCAUGGCUCGUUACCUCCCUGCCACAGUGGAGUUUGCCGUGCACACAUUCAACCAACAGAGCAAGGACCAUUAUGCCUACAGACUGGUGCAAAUCUUGAAUUCCUGGAAGGAGCAGGUGGAGUCCAAGACCGUAUUCUCAAUGGAGCUACUGCUGGGGAGAACUAGGUGUGGGAAUUUUGAAGAUGACAUUGACAACUGCUCUUUUCAAGAGAGUCCAGAGCUGAACAACACUUUCACCUGCUUCUUCACCAUCAGCACCAGGCCAUGGAGGACAUACUUCAGCCUCCUGAACAAGACCUGCUUGGAGGGAUUCCACUAA